AUGGAUUCGGAGGUUGUGGGCAAGAAAGACAUGAUAGUGACAAUUGAACGAGAAGAUUUGGUGAAUAGUUUUUAUGGCUCCGAUAAUAAUUGUUGGCUUUUACUCUCCAAGCAUGCAUUUGCAAAUGAAGAUCCAAACAGAUAUCCAGAGCUAGGAGCAAUCGGUAAGCAAAUUGCAAGAAAAUGUGGUGGCCUCCCAAUUGCUGUGAAAACUAUUGGAGGUCUUUUGCGUUCAAAAGUGGAUGAAAAGGAAUGGAGUAAAAUUCUAAAUAGCAACCAAUGGGGCAUACCAAAUGAUGAUGUUAUGCCUGCUUUGCGUCUGAGUUAUCUCUAUCUUCCAUCACAUUUGAAGAAAUGCUUUGCUUAUUGCUCAGUCUUCCCUAAAGAUAUGUUGUUGGACAAAAAGAAAUUGGUCUUGUUAUGA